UGAUCAUGGGCUGUACUGUCCCCGUUAUGACAGGAUGCGAACUUUGAAGACGUGGCCAUUGCCUUCUCUGAAGAGGAGUGGGUGAUGCUGGAUGAGGCUCAGAGACUUCUGUACUACGAUGUGAUGCUGGAAGUGUUUGUCCUUGUAUCAUCUGUAGGUUGUUGGCAUAAAAUGGAAGAUGAGGAGGCCUGUUCUGAUCAGCAAGUAUGUAUACAAGGCAAGUCACAGGUCAAGACUUCUAAGACAGCUCCAGUCACCCAUAAGAACCAUCUCUGUAAGCGGUGUUUCUCUGUGUUACAACAUAUUUUGCACCCGACUGGGUCAGAUGUAGCAUACUUUGAGCAGAAAGCCUUCUGUAGUGAUGUACGUGUUGGAGACAUCUGUUUCAGUGUAAACCCUCACCAGCAACAAAAGAAUGAAUGUGGAGAGGGGCCCUGGAAAGAAGCUAUGGACAGGGCCUCUUUUGUGAACAGGUGCAGCUUCUCCUUAUCUUUGAUGCCUUCAGCCAGCAGGGAGGUUGGGGAAGACUUGCAGUACAACUCAGAGCUUCUCUGGCACCAGGCCACUCUCAACACUGAGGAGCUACCCUGUGGCAGUGAGAUUUCCCAGGAAUUUCUCAGUGGAAAAAGUCAUCACCGGUGGGAUGAAUGUGAAAAUGCUGCCAGCCACAACCUGAAAGUUGUUCAGUGUCAGGGUGUGUGUUCUGGAGAACUGAUUUAUGAGUGUAACAGGUAUAGGGAAGUGUUUAGACGAAACUUUAAUGUCAUUCGACAUAAGGGAGUUCACACUGGAGAAAAGCAGUAUCAGUGUAAUGAAUGUGGGAAGUUCUUCGGAAAAAGACCUUCACUCAUUAACCAGAGAGUUCACACUGGAGAGAAGACAUAUGCGUGCAGACAUUGUGGGAAGUCUUUCAGUUACAAGUCUAACCUCAAAAAACACAACAGAGUUCACACAGGAGAAAAGCCAUAUAAGUGCAGUGAAUGUGGGAUGUCUUUUCGUCAAAAGGCCCACCUCACUGAACACCUCAGAGUUCACACUGGACAGAAACCAUAUGAGUGCAGACAUUGUGGGAAAUCCUUCAGUUCCAAGUCUAACCUCAAACAACACAACAGAGUUCACACAGGAGAAAAGCCAUAUAAGUGCAGUGAAUGUGGGAUGUCCUUUCGUACAAGGACUCAGCUCACUAGACACCUCAGAGUUCACACUGGAGAGAAGCCGUAUGAGUGUCGAGAAUGUGGGAUGUCAUUUUCUCAAUGGGCUCAGCUCACUAGACACCUCAGAGUUCACACUGGGGAGAAGUCAUAUGAGUGUAGAGAAUGUGGGAUGUCCUUUCGUCAAAAGCCCCACCUCACUAACCACCUCAGAGUUCACACAGGAGAGAAACCAUAUGAGUGUAGACAUUGUGGGAAAUCCUUCAGUUCCAAGUCUAACCUCCAACAACACAACAGAGUUCACACAGGAGAAAAGCCAUAUAAGUGCAGAGAAUGUGGGAUGUCCUUUCGUACAAGGGCUCACCUCACUAGACACCUCAGAGUUCACACUGAAGAGAAGCCAUAUGAGUGUAGAGAAUGUGGGAUGUACUUUCGUACAAGGGCUCAGCUCACUAGACACCUCAGAGUUCACACUGGGGAGAAGUCAUAUGAGUGUAGAGAAUGUGGGAUGUCCUUUCGUCAAAAGACCCACCUCACUGACCACCUCACAGUUCACACAGGAGAGAAACUAUAUGAGUGCAGACAUUGUGGGAAAUACUUCCGUUACAAGUCUAACCUCCAACAACACAACAGAAUUCACACAGGAGAAAAGCCAUAUAAGUGCAGUGAAUGUGGGAUGUCCUUUCGUACAAGGACUCAGCUCACUAGACACCUCAGAGUUCACACUGAAGAGAAGCCAUAUGAGUGUAGAGAAUGUGGGAUGUACUUUCGUACAAGGGCUCAGCUCACUAGACACCUCAGAGUUCACACUGGAGAGAAGCCACAUGAGUGUAGAGAAUGUGGGAUGUCCUUUCAUACAAGGGCUCACCUCACUAGACAUCUCAGAGUUCACACUGGAGAGAAGCCACAUGUGUGUACUGUAUGUGGGAAGUCUUUUAGCCAAAAAUCCAACCUUAAUAAACAUCUGAGAGUUCACACUGGAGAGAAGUGUUAAAUGUGCAGGGAAUGUUUUCUUUUAUUCACUUAGAAUAACAACACUGAGGGAGACUCUUUGCCUAUUUUCCUAAAUUUAAACCCCUUUUAAUGGAACAUACACUCUUCUAGAUUCCUCAUGUUUCCAGUACAGGUGAAGCUUAAACGAGGUGCAUUGCACUUUGUAACAUGCCCAGGUCUUCUACCCGAUUGAUUUGUGGCUGAAGAGAUUUCCCCUCUACCACCUGGCUCACCUGAAGAGUGUGUAUCAGUCCCAACCACUGCGUGCUCAGGGGAAAUGUAUUCUGUGUUGUCACUUGUGCUUGAGAGCAUUAGGAACCCUCCGCUCCUGACAGGAUCUUCAUUUAUCUCCGAGAAGGUAAUGCACCUGACCCAGGGUUCAUACAGGGCACCUUCCUCAGCUAAGAAGUGCGCCCUCUGUCAGGGACAUGUGGUUCUCACAUUAUGCUGUGAUGAAUUGUUUCAAAUUCUGAUUCACCAACCUGCAAACGGUUUUCUGUCAUGUUUUCUGGUUUGUGAUCUUUAGUAAAGGUAUUUUUUCUUUAGUA